AUGAGCAAGGCACCACUAUUGUCAAAACCACUCCCCGGAGAAGUUCUCCUCCUCUACCUUUCGGUAUCCAGCACUGCCGUUAGCUCGAUAUUGAUACGGACGCCAGAGAAGGCAGAGCUACCGAUCUUCUAUGUCAACAAGGCGCUUCAGAGCGCAGAGGUUCGAUACCCUCCCUUGGAGCAGCUAGCACGAGCCCUCGUGGUCUCAGCCCGACAGCUCCGCCCAUACUUCCAAGCGCACGAGAUCAUUGUUCUAACUAAUCAACCCCUUCGACAGGUACUACAAAAGCUAGAAACAUCUAGCCGAUUGAUCAAAUGGGCGAUCGAGCUCGGAGAAUUCGACAUACAGUUUAAGCCAAGACCUACCGAGAAGGGUCAGGCUAUCGCCGACUUUAUUUCCGAGCUCACACCUUCAGCACCAUCGGAACCAUCCUUUCCGAACACUGUUAUUUUGGAACCAGAAAAGUUGAAUGCCGAAUGCUUUGAUCCUUCCAUUCCUAUAUGGAACCUGCACGUCGAUGGCUCGGCAAAGCAACAAGGAUGUGGAGCUGGCUUGGUGUUGACUACUCCAGACAGAGGCAAAGUCGAAUAUGCCCUCCGAUUCAACUUCAGAACCUCUAACAACAAGGCAGAGUAUGAGGCUCUUUUGGCUGGCCUUCGGCUAGCCAAGAGCAUGACCGCAAAACAAAUCAGCAUUCACAGUGACUCCCAGCUCAUAGUAAACUAG